GAGUCUCACAGCUUCAGUGGACAGCUCCGUGGUGCUGAAAUCUCAGAGACGCCACACUCUCUCACACUCAAGCCGCGACACAUGACUGGAACCAUGGAGGGAUUCUCGUGGAAACUUUUUCUACUUUCCUGCCUGGUUGUUGUGAAGAGCUUCGCACAAGACUUCGGACAGACGCAGUUUAUUUGCACGUCAGUGCCCAAGGAUAUGGACUUGUGCACAGCUACGAUGCAAAACAGCGGCCCGGCGGAAGACCUGAAGACCACUAUCAUACAGCUGCGGGAGACCGUGCUGCAGCAAAAGGAAACCAUUGUGAAUCAAAAGGAGACAAUCAGGGAACUAACCUCCAAGUUGAGCCGCUGCGAGAGCCAGAGCCUCCCUGCGGCGGCGGGGCCCGGCGGCAGGCGGCCGGGGUCGAAGAACACGAUGGGGGAUGUAUCUCGGGGCACUACGGAUACUCUGGCCCAGCUGGGACAGACUUUACAGACGCUUAAACAGAGACUGGAGAAUCUAGAGCAAUACAGCCGAGGGAAUAACACCGUGCAAGCAAACAGCCUGAAAGACCUGCUGCAAAACAAGAUAGAUGACAUGGAGAAGCAAGUUCUGUCCCGGGUCAACACGAUAGAGGAGAGCAAAUCGGGAUCGAGGAAUGACACCGAGCAGCGCAACAGAGUGGAGUCCACGCUCACCUCUCUGCACCACCGGAUAACAGACCUGGAGAAAGGCAAAGACACCAGGCCAACAGAUAAGUUCCAGAUCACCUUCCCCCUGAGAACCAACUAUAUGUAUGCCAAAGCCAAGAAGAGCCUUCCUGAGAUGUACUCUUUCACCGUGUGUCUGUGGAUCAAGUCCAAUGCUUCACCUGGGGUGGGGACCCCCUUCUCCUACGCAGUUCCGGGACAGGCCAACGAGCUGGUGCUGAUUGAGUGGGGAAACAACCCUAUGGAGAUUCUCAUCAAUGACAAGGUUGCAAAACUGCCAUUUCUCAUCAAUGACGGAAAAUGGCAUCACCUCUGCAUCACGUGGACCACCCGUGAUGGGAUGUGGGAGGCUUUCCAGGAUGGAGUGAAGCGAGGUAGUGGUGAAAAUCUGGCGCCAUACCACCCCAUCAAACCAGAGGGGGUUCUGGUCCUGGGACAAGAGCAGGACACUCUCGGAGGAGGCUUUGAUGCCACACAAGCCUUCGUCGGUGAGCUGGCAAACCUAAAUAUCUGGAAUAGGAAACUUUCUAUCACCGAGAUCUAUAACUUGGCGACCUGCAACAGCAAAGCAUCAACCGGCGAUGUGUUCUCCUGGACAGAGAGCAACAUUGAAGUGUUUGGCGGUGCGACCAAAUGGACCUUCGAGCCUUGCCGUUCAGCCAACUGAACUGCGUCCGCUGAAGAAAGGCCUGUCUGUAUUUCUGAGCUUUUGUCGUUCUUGUCUUCAUUUGACGUUUGUUAGAGACUCUGAGUUAUCGGUAAGCUUAAAUCUGGGAUUUCCAUCAUUCUUAGGUAUUCAUGUUGCAAAACAGCACUUUUCAUCUUGAGGAAAAAAAAAAAAAAGUCAAAUUCAUCUGGGAAACCUCAGUGAGAAAGUAUUGCUAUCUGUUUUCCUUUUUCUUUCUUGGACGUUCAGUUGAAAGCACAUCUAAGCUUUUCAUUUGGCUUAUUUCAUCUUGGACUGGCAGCUGGCAAUCUGCGCCUUAUGUUUGGACAAUUCACAAUCCAAGUGAGGAAUUACAUAACCGCUCUCGCCUCCCCCUCCCACCCCUCCCCACUUCCUCCAGGAGAGUGGGAGAUUACGCUGUCUGUCCAAUUCUUGUCAGUGUUUGGCGCCGUAAAGUGAUGUCUGAUGCGGUACAGCUCCCCGUGACCCCUCUCCCUCCCAUACCUCCACGCCG